UUUUGUGUGUGUGAUUUGGAUUUUGCGAUUUGCGAUAGAUAUAGAUAUAGAGAGAUUCAUCUGAGGUUUUGUUUGAUAUUGGAGGGAAUCGGCAACGGGCAUGGAAGCCACUGAUCCAAGCGCAGAGCUCGAGCUCUACACCAUUCCUGCUCAAUCCAGUUGGUUCUUAUGGGAUGAUAUCCACGAAAUUGAAAGACGCGAAUUUGAGGAGUUCUUCACUGAGAGCUCAAUCACUAGAACCCCCAAAGUUUACAAGGAGUACCGAGAUUUCAUUAUCAACAAGUUUAGAGAGGACACUUCUCGGAGGCUCACCUUCACCAGUGUCCGCAAGUUUCUCGUUGGCGAUGUCAAUUUGCUUCAGAAAGUGUUCCUCUUCCUCCAAAAAUGGGGAUUGAUCAAUUUUAGCUCUUCCCUCAAGAAAAGUGAUCAUCUCUCGUCCGUGGAUAAUGCUAGAAUCGAACAAGGGACUCCCGCUGGAAUUCGAGUUACUGCAACCCCUAAUUCUCUGAGGCCUAUUACCGCACCGCCCCUUGUUGAGGAAACAUCUGAGACUGGCAUCAAACUACCACCGCUUACCUCUUAUUCAGAUGUUUUCAGCGAUUUGAAGAAGCCGGAUGAUGUAUUGGUUUGUGGACAUUGUAGAGAACGUUGUGAUUCUCCUUUCUAUCGACAUAACAAGAGUAUUGUCAACAUAUGCGAAAACUGUUUCAAGAAUGGAAACUAUGGGGAGAACAAUGCUGCAGAUGAUUUUAAGUUGAUUGGGAAUUCAGCUGCAGCUGUGUGGACCGAGGAAGAGACCCUCCUCUUGCUAGAAUCUGUGCUGAAACAUGGAGAUGAUUGGGAACUCAUAGCACAAAGUGUUUCUACAAAGAGUAGACUCGAUUGCAUUUCGAAACUCAUUGAGCUCCCGUUUGGAGAGUUUUUGAUGGGUUCUGCUUCUGGAAGACUCAUUUCCUCUAUCCCCACCGAGGAUGAAAACGCGGAACAGGUGAAAACUGAUGAUCCAGAACAUGAGGAAACCGAGACAAGGGAAGAAAAAGAAGAUCACGUGGAUGAAGAUGAGCCACCAGCAAAAAGGAAACGUGUUGCACUGAUAUCAGACGGUGAUAGUUCACUUAUGAAACAGGUCGCUGCCAUGGCAAGUAAAGUUGGUCCAUCUGUCGCAACUGCUGCUGCAAAAGCUGCACUUGCAGCUCUUUGUGAUGAAGCCUCAUGUCCAAAAGAGAUUUUUGACACUGGUGACUACAGCAAUUUCACAGUUGACAGAGCUGAUGGAGACAAAGAUACAGAUUUGGAGGAACAGCAAGAAGACAAAGACGGGCCUCAGGGUCUACCUGUAGCAUUAAGGAUAAGAGCGUCAGUGGCAACAGCUCUAGGAGCAGCGGCUGCACAAGCGAAAAUACUGGCUGAUCAAGAAGAAAGAGAAAUGGAAGAGUUAGCUGCGACUGUAAUAGACCAACAGCUGAAGAAACUGCAGAGCAAAUUGAAGUUUCUGGAGCACUUGGAAUCGAUAAUGGAUGCAGAAGAGGAAGUGAUAGAGGGUGUAAAGGAAACAAUCAUCCAAGAGAGGAUUAGCGUUUUGCAAUGUGCGUUUCGUAGCGGGAUUACCAAACGUUGGGAUCAUACGUACGUGAAAUGAUCUCCUUUUUUCGCUUGGGGUAGAUUUGUUUUCUCCUUAUUCGUGAAAUGAAAAGAUCGAUUUGUUUUGUUGACUUUUGUGGAUCAUUUUAAGUUAUCACUUGCUAGUAUUAAAUGUGCCAAUACUAGUAUAUCUA